AUGCUAUGCGCCUCAUGUGGCUUUUCAACGUCGACACAAGAUUCCAGCGCCCCUAGAGUAAAGGCAGCGGUGGCGGAUCGCCGCCGUGAGCAGAAUCGUCGGGCACAGAAGCGAUUCAGACAGAAGAAUCGUGAACGAAAAGCCACCCCAGACCAAGACCAAUCGCAUCCACAAAACGGCGGCUCAGAUGCCCUGGACUGCACUAGUCCAAUAGCCUUCAAUGCAUUGGCACCACUCACACCACCCAUUACAAUGUGUACCAGUCACAGGCAGUUAUCGAUAGGCCGCUACGACGAAGGUCAAGGAGACAAUACGAUGGAUUAUGACUUCCUUUUGGAUCCCAGCGAUCGCUGCGGAAUGAACAAAGGCGCGGAAGACUUCUGGACAACGGCACUGAAACAGACAGGUCCCUUUGCUGCUGCUAUUGCCCUUGUUCCCCCUUCGGAGUUGAAAGACAGCCUAGGAUAUCACACAACAAUGAGCCCGGGUGAUUCUGUCAAUAGCAACAAAAGUGGCAGAGUAUCAGCAGGACCGACUGUGCUUCAUCAAGCAGUGCAGACUGGAAAUAGCAAAGUUGUAUGCCUUUUACUUGAGCAUAACGCAGAUUGCAACUCGAAGGACAACGCUGGUCUGACACCUCUGUUGUGUGCGGUAAUUGGAGGCUAUGAGGAAAUAGUAGAGCUAUUGCUAUCACAUGGGGCCGAUAUAGAACAUGUUGAUAAUGCUCAUUGGUCGGCCCUUCACUGGGCUGUGUUCCAUAAUCGUCACAGGAUACUGGAGCGGCUUCUGAACGGCUGCGGUGGGGAUACUUCGUUGCUCAACAUACGAAACAAGGACGGGCAAACACCGCUAUCAGUCGCGGUUGGUGCGGGAAGCGAGGUGGCUGUGAAGCUGUUACUAGAGUUUGGGGCCACAGUGAACGUAGAGUGA